GGCGCCGGUCGACUCUACCGGGGUAGACCAGGAGCCAGGGCGCUCAGGCGCCCCGGAAGGUCGGUUGCACAUCGUGUGCAAGCGGUUCCGAUGUCGUACGGGGACCCUAAGGGCCGAUUAACGAGUCUAGGUGUGACUGAUUAG